AGAAGCUCUGCGGGAAGUGGGUGGACUGCAGCCAAAACUCUAUUACGAUGGGGAUUUCAAAUAAUGAGAAUUAACUUGCUGAAAAUCUGCUCCCAAUUCUUCUUUCAGCCCCAUGGUUAAAGCUUGAUUUCUCUCUAUGUCCCUCUGCCCCUACACAAAGGGCUGCAGAACCAGAGCCUUGCUUCAAGCAGAAUGGAAGUUCAUAAACUCCUCUCUCUACGAUGCAUCUUCUUGCCCCUGCUUUUUAUUCACCAGGCAUGGGCUCAGUUUCCAAGAGAGUGUGCUACCACUGAGGCUUUGAGAAAUGGUGUGUGUUGCCCAGAUCUGUCCCCCGUGUCUGGACCUGGGACCGACCCCUGUGGCUCUUCAUCAGGAAGGGGCAGGUGUGAAGAAGCUACCGCAGACUCCCAGCCCCACAGCCCCCAGUACCCACAUGAUGGCCGAGAUGAUCGGGAGGGCUGGCCCACACGGUUCUUCAAUUGGACGUGUCACUGUAAUGGCAACUUCUCAGGACAUAACUGUGGGACCUGUCGUCCUGGAUGGAGAGGAACUGCCUGUGACCAGAGGGUGCUCAUAGUCAGGAGAAACAUUCUGGACUUAAGUACGGAAGAAAAGAAAUACCUUGUCCAGGCCCUGGAUAUGGCAAAGCGUACAAUUCACCCUCGGUUUGUCAUUGCCACCAGGAGAUCAGAAGAAAUAUUUGGGCCAGAUGGCAACACACCACAAUUUGAGAACACUUCAAUUUAUAACUACUUUGUUUGGACACACUACUAUUCAGUAAAAAAGACUUUCCUCGGGGUAGGACAGGAAAGCUUUGGUGGAGUGGAUUUCUCUCAUGAAGGACCAGCUUUCCUCACGUGGCACAGAUACCACCUACUGCAGCUGGAGAGAGACAUGCAGGAAAUGUUGCAGAAUCCUUCCUUCUCCCUUCCUUACUGGAAUUUUGCAACUGGAAGAAACGUCUGUGACGUCUGCACCGAUGACUUGAUGGGAUCGAGAAGCAACUUUGAUUCCACUCUGAUAAGCCCGAACUCGGUCUUUUCUCAAUGGCAAAUGGUCUGUGAAUCCUUGGAUGAUUAUGAUACCCUAGGAACCCUUUGCAACAGCACGGAAGGCGGGCCAAUUAGGAGAAAUCCAGCUGGAAACGUGGCUAGACCAAUGGUGCAGCGUCUUCCUAAACCACAGGAUGUGGUUCAGUGCUUGGAAGUUGCUGCAUUUGACACACCUCCUUUUUAUUCCAAUUCUACAAACAGUUUCCGAAACACAGUGGAAGGUUACAGUGACCCCACAGGAAGGUAUGACCCUGCUGUUCGAAGCCUUCACAAUUUGGCCCAUCUAUUCCUGAAUGGAACAGGGGGACAAACCCAUUUAUCUCCGAAUGAUCCUAUAUUUGUUCUCCUGCAUACUUUCACUGAUGCAGUCUUUGAUGAAUGGCUGAGGAGAUACAAUGCUGAUAUAUCCACAUUUCCAAUGAGAAAUGCCCCUAUUGGACAUAAUAGACAAUACAACAUGGUACCGUUUUGGCCUCCCGUUACCAACACAGAAAUGUUUGUUACUGCUCCUGACAACCUGGGGUACACCUAUGAAAUUCAAUGGCCACGUCGGGAUUUUAGUAUUUCUGAGAUUAUUACCAUAGCAGUAAUUGCUGCUUUACUACUGGUUGCAGUCAUUUUUGUGGGUGCUACUUGUCUGAUCCGUGCCAGGAGCAAGAUGGAUGAAACAAAUCAACCUCUCCUCACCGACCAGUAUCGACACUACGCUGAAGAAUAUGAAAAAAUUCAUAAUCCUAAUCAGUCUAUGGUCUAACUAUAAACCACAGGUAGACUAUAGGUCUCAAUCCCUUAUACAUUGGUAUUACAAAAAAGAAAAAAAACCUGGUUGAAAAUAAUAGGUUGAAUUACUAACUGUUUUCUUUCAUUUUAUUACUUUCUUCGUUAUGUGUAUGCACAUGUCGGAAUUAAAGCUCCAGAUGUUACUUUCCAGAGCUGGGAAGAGUUGCAACCUUUUCAAUAGGCUUUAUUUAAAUUGCUGGUUGCCCCAACUCCAUGGUAUUUGAGAAGAAAGUAUCAAGAUAUUUCACAUGUUUUAAUGACCACUUAUAUGACAAUGUAAAUAAGCUGCUUUUGCUUUGCUUAUGUGUAAAGAAAAAUUAUUACUGAUAGAAAAUCCCUGAUUAAAGUACACAAUUAGGCAUUCCUACAAUGUUAAGAUGUAAACACAUUUCCAUUCAUUGACAUUGGCCAACAGAUAAUAAAGGAAGCCAGAUUUAUUAGUUAAAAUAAUUUAUGUGAAAUUAUAAAUGGGAUCUUAAUUAACUUCUUCAAACUGGUCUUCCCCUUUGGGUAUCAGCAUACAUUACAUAGUCUAAGGUUCAAGACCACAGCAAAAUCAUAAUCUUUGUCACACUUUAGAGAGAUAAAAGCCUCACUCUGUUUAAGAGAUCAUCAAUACUGCCUGUUUCCAUUGUGUUCUCCUUCCUCUCAAUCACUGACAAAGGAACUACCCACCCCCAGGUUACACCUCCCUAGUUCCUCAGCUAGUAUCUUAGAGAUCCACAGGAAGGCAUAAAGGUGCAGAAUGUACAUCAAAGUGCCCUACAACUAGCAUUCAGUUAAUUGUAUUUAAUUCAAGUAGCUUUCUCCCAUCACCUAUCAGACUUAUGUAUUUUCAAAUAAAGUAUUAAAAUAUUAUUUCAU